AUGGCUCUCAAGUAUGCCCUUGCGGCCCUCGCGUUCGGGGCUGCGUUUGUGAAUGGCCAGUCCACAGAAGACUCGGUCUACACAGUUUCGGACGAUUACUAUAACUACGGCCGCACCUCACGGUAUUCUUCUAAGACGUCCCUGUUUUGGACUGCGACUGUCAAAUACCAGGACUGGGUCUCAACAUCAACAUACACCAGGUUGUCUGGCCAAACAACUACCUACCUUGACACAUACACUCGCACCAUCAAGCCCACUGUAAUGCCAACUGCCACGCCUACAUACACGUCAACUUACUCCUCCCGCUACGAGGAUGUGCUCGUCGUCGAGCUCUACUACCCUGAAAACGCGGUCGCUGAGUCGGAUUUUGUUCCCACGAGCACCUGGGAAUCCUAUGUAUCAUCGACUGCAUCAGCAUCGGUCACGUACUCCACUACCGCGUACUUUAUGCCCGUUACCAUGACCGCGCCUUCGAGUUGUCCGACCAUCUUCACAGUGGCAACGCAAGCCUCGAUCACAUACAUCCCUACCGUUGUCGCAGAUCAACUUCAGCCUACAUCGACAGACGUCAGCACCAGCACAUUCCGUUCGUACGUCGCCGAAUAUAGCAGCUGGUACCUCACCGCUGGUGCUGCGCCAUUCACUAGCACAGACGACUACUACUACAGCUACUACAUCGCGUCUUGUACACCACCACCGGCACAAUAUACAAGCGGCACGGGCAGCUCUGGCGGUGGAGGCUCCAGCUCUGGGUCCGAUGGCGACGAUUCCUGGACCGACUACCGCACCUGUUAUUUCGGCGGCUGCACGAGCCUCAAGACAUGGAUCAUCAUCAUUGCCACCGUCCUGCCCGGCAUCUUCCUGCUCGGGUUCCUCGAAUCUUGGUUCUGGUACACGCGCCUAAUGAAGGGUAAAUCUGCCCUGCGUUGCGGCACUGUGUGCUGGGUGCUUCUCUCCCUGUGGGUGCUGUGCUUCACUCGCAUGCAAGAUGCGCGCAGCAAAGAAGACCAGAAGCUCUUGCAGCAGAAGUGGAAAGAAAUGCCCGCAGGUCAGAAGUUUAAGAACUGGUCGUGGGGCUUCAAGAGAAGGUAUCCUGUCCUUCUUCUCGGACAGUACUCCAAGCAGACUGUUGGCAUCGUGCCAGAAGGCCAACCGCUGCAUCCCGCCAUGGUUCAAGCUGCUCCAGGACAAGUGUUCUACUACGGUCCUUUACCACCAGGCCCGCCCGGCUUCCAACAACCUCCCCAUGGCGGCGUACCGGGAUAUCCCAUGCCCGCACAGGGCUACCCACAGCAGGCCGGCUACUACGCAGCCUAUGUGCCCAAGGAAGGCGUCGUUGUCGGAUCCUCACCUGUGGCAGGCACAGCAACACCGCCCCAAGCUCUGCAGCCCGUAUACCACCCUCCGAACUCCCCUCCACCAAACGCCCAGCUGCCUCCGCAGCCUCAACAAGCUGCACCUGCUCCCGCACCUGCUCUCGCACCUGUCCCCACACCGCCUGCGAACGUGAGCGAAGCUCCAGCCCCCCAACCCGCUUCGGCACCAGCUCCACCAGCAACGACACAGCCAGCGCCCACACACGCUGCGCCAGCGAAGAAUGACGCGGAUGAUCUGUACGAGUAG